AGAGGUCCCGUUCUGCGGUUACACCGCCGCAGCUGCUUCCGGUCGCAGAGUGUUUCGGCAGUUUUCGGGGUUUUGAGAUGUUUCGCGGCGUUUUUGGUGAAUUCGUGACUGCGACGGUUCGUGUUCAUCGCAGUUUGAGACACGAAGCUUUGAGUCGAGUGGUGAAUCCGUCGAGUCUGUUCGUGAGGAGCUUCUCGGACGUGAAGGACGAAGGAGGAGGAGCAGCGCCGCCGCCGUUUGACACCGGACUGCUCCACUUCCUGGUUUGUCCUCUGUCCAAGAAGCCGCUGAGAUAUGAGGCCAAGACCAACGAGCUGAUCAACGAGGAGCUCGGCAUCGCCUACCCCAUCACCGACGGCAUCCCCAACAUGAUCCCCCAGGACGCACGACUCAUUCAGAAGGACGCGCCCGCGACGCAAGAGUAG